CAAAGGUAUAGUGUGCAACAUGUGAAAUUUUGUAAAGCACCCUAAAAGUGACAAACUUACACCCACAACACCAAAUAAACAAAUCCAGGUAACCAUAAUUGACUUAAUGAAAAUUUUCGUGCUUAGACUAUAUAUUAUCAUUCCAUCUAUAUUUUCCAAUAAAAAAAACCUAUAAAUUACAACGCACACUCUUUUUACGCAAGAUUGACAUAAUAACACUAAUUUCACACACCGUUUACUCCUUGGAUUUUCUCUCUCUCUCUCUCUCUCUCUCUCUCUCUCUCUCUCUGGAAGCUGUGGUUACACACACAGUUUCAGUGCGGCGACCUUUGCCAUGGCUAUCGCAGCAGCAGUUACUAUCGUCCCUAUUGGCCUCCUCUUCUUCGCCUCUGGUCUCAUCGUUAAUCUCAUUCAGGCUAUUAUUUAUGUGACUAUACGGCCAUUCUCGAAGAGUAUAUUUAGAAGAAUUAACAGAAUGGUGGCGGAGCUGUUGUGGCUGGAACUUGUGUGGAUCGUUGAUUGGUGGGCAGGAGUCAAGGUUUGUCUAUACACAGAUCCUGAAACUCUAGAAAUGAUGGGUAAAGAACAUGCUCUUGUGAUAGCUAAUCAUAAAAGUGACAUUGAUUGGCUCAUUGGGUGGGUGUUUGCUCAGCGAUCAGGGUGUCUUGGUAGCACAUUAGCUGUCAUGAAAAAAUCAUCAAAAUAUCUUCCAGUGAUCGGUUGGUCAAUGUGGUUUUCUGAGUAUCUUUUUCUUGAGAGAAGCUGGGCUAAAGAUGAAACUACUCUAAAGUUGGGACUUGAGAGGCUGAAAGACUACCCUCAGCCAUUUUGGUUGGCUCUUUUUGUGGAGGGGACUCGGUUUACUCAAGCCAAGCUUUUAGCAGCUCAAGAAUAUGCAUCUUCAUUGGGAUUACCUGUUCCUAGAAAUGUUUUAAUUCCACGAACAAAGGGGUUUGUUACUUCAGUGAGUCAGAUGAGAUCAUUUGUUCCUGCUAUUAUUGAUAUGACUGUUGCUCUUCCCAAAGAUACAACUCCACCAACAAUGCUCAGGCUCUUUAAAGGCCAGUCUUCUGUGAUUCAUGUGAAAGUGAAGCGUCAUUCAAUGAAGGAUCUGCCAGAAUCAGACGAAGCUGUUGCACAAUGGUGCAAAGAUAUUUUUGUUGUGAAGGAUGAAGUACUGGACAAGCAUAAAGUAGAAAACACCUUUUCUGAUUCUGAACUCGUUGACAUUGGCCGACCAUUGAAGUCUCUAGUUGUGGUGGUUUCGUGGGCAUGCUUGAUUGUAUUUGGGACGUUCAAAUUUCUGCAGUGGUCAAAUCUUUUGUCUUCAUGGAAGGGUUUGACUUUUGCUGGGGUUGGGUUGGCCGUUGUAACUGUUUUGAUGCAGAUAUUGAUCCAGUUCUCUCAGGCUGAUCGGUCCACACGUGCAAAGGUGGCCCCCACAAGGUCGAAUGGUAGUACUAGUGUCCAAGACAAGCAGCAGUGACUGUUGUGGACAUCCUCAUUUCCUUCUUCCUUUUUUCAUUUAUCUACAGACGUGGGUGUAAUGAGUAUUGUGUACUGUGUACUGUGUAGUAAAGAUUAAAGAAUAGAAUAUGCUCUGCUAUUAUGUCCUUAUGAUGAAUCGGUUUCAAACUAUCUUGUUACAUUUUAGGACCACAUGAAUUCUGUUUGCUUUGGGUUGGGUCGGGCCAAUAGUUGUAGAUUCAAAACCAGUGGGCAGCUUUGUGGCUUCUUACGGUGGAAGGAGUCGGUUGUUUGGUGGGGUAGACAGUAGGGGGC